GUAACUUUUAAAAACCCACUUUUUUCUUGUAUUUUAUUUUUGAGAGCAUUACGUAUGAAAGGCAAGACAAUGACGUAUUUUUGGCGCGUCACGCUUGGCUCAAACAGAAGCAACUGAACGUUGGGCAUUGCGCUCUUAAUGUUCAUUAGUGAUGUCUCAACAAGCACAACAAACGAUUCCCUCCGCCCCUGACUCCCCUGCGCUGGUUGUCACAUCUAACGUGCAGAAGUAUGCAAUAAAGAAGAAGAAAGUCCUCAGCGCCGAAGAAAUGGAGCUGUUCGAACUUACUCAGGCUGCAGGAAUCACUGUGGAUCAGGAAGUUUUUAAAAUCAUAGUCGACUUGCUGAAGAUGAAUGUGGCUCCUCAAGCGGUCUUCCAGACUUUGAAGGCAAUGUGUGCAGGACAGAGGGUAGCUGAAAGCUGUGGUGUAGACCCUUCAACUGGCGCCCACACCACAAGCAUGACCACAGCGCACACAGAAGCCAGAGAAGAGGACUCUUUGGCCUCUGGAAAGAGCCCUAAACCUGCCGCAGCUCCCCCCUCAGCAGCAGGCCCCAGAGCCCCAAGGGUCAACACUAAGAUUGUGGUCUACAGCCCCCAAGACACUAGUUCUCCUCACUCUCAAGGAGUACGCAGUAAAGCCGGUACCAGCCACAGUGAGAAGAGCAGAGAGGCUUCCAGCCAGAGAGUGCAGCGGCAGCCCAGUGCCACCAGAGGGCAGAAAACCAAGAGCUCCGGCAGCAGUAGUUCUUCCUCACAGAUAAACUCGACCUAAAACUCUGGCAUUUGGAGGCUAUUUGUAAAUAUGUAGGUUUCUUUACAUUUAACUUAUGUGUACCUUUCUCUGUUUCACAUCUUGAAGGACUGGUUUACCUAGAUUACAAAUAAAUAUAGGUGUUCUGGUUUUAUUUUCCUCCUCCUUUUAAAAGAUGAAUGGUUGGUGUAAAUAAUCCAUCUGAUUUUUUUUUUAUGUGGUUCAGGCACCGACACUUAACUGUAAGAUAUGUUUUGAGGGAGUGUCUGUUGUACUGAAAAAUUAAAGCUGCCUGCAUCACUUAAUCAAGUGUCACUGAUGUAAAAAAAAAAAAAAAUACAAUAAAAAAAAUAAUAAAUUUGUUCAAAUUUAGAUAAUCUAGUCCUUUAAAGUUCUAACUAUUUCAAAAUUGGUGUGUGGUGUGUCUCCUUAUUACUCUGUCAGAUUUUGGUGGCUAAAGCUUUUUGCCCAGUUGGUAUUUGCAAUUCAAACGAGUAAGACACAAAAGAAGACAAAAAUAAUUGUUUUAAUUUGAAUUAUUUCUAGUGAGAAAUGUCUAUUCAUUGUGAACGUUUUUCUUUUUUAUAUCACUUCUUUAAUAAAUCUCCUAAGAAUUUA